AUUGAUACCGCAAGGCAAAACAACAAAAUGGCUGAAGUACCAUCACGAGAAACCCUCAAGAAAGAAAUUCACGCAAUCUUGAAAGAUGCGGAUUUGUCAAAAACGUCUGCCCGCAAGGUUAGACAGGAACUCGAGGAAAAGUUGGAUUGCGACUUGACGGAUCGCAAAAAGUUAGUGGACGAGCUUGUGAUGGAAUUUAUCAACGAUCGAUCGGAUGACGAGGACGACGAUGACGAGUCCGAGGACGAAUCGGAAGAUGAAAAGCCCGCAAAACGACCGGCACCCUCGAAAAAGGCGGCUCCGAAGAAAAAGCGUCGCGAUGACAGUGACGACGGCAGCGACGACGGCUCCGACGACGACUACAAACCGAACAAGAGCAAGGGCAGCAGCGGCAAAGCGAAGAAAAAGAAGGGCUCCGAUUCCGACUCGGACGACGAUUACAAACCGAAAAAGAAGAAGGCAGCAGCGGGAGGCGCCAAAAAAGGUGGCAAAGGAGGCACCGGAUUUACGCGCCCCCUGCAAUUAUCGCCCGAAUUGGCAAGUCUCAUGGGCGAAUCGACGUUGCCGCGACACGAAGUCGUCAAGAAGGUCUGGGCCCUCAUCAAGGAACGCAAUUUGUACGAUCCGAAGAACAAACAGUUUGCCAUUUGCGAUGCCGACUUGUUGAAGGUCAUCGGCGUCAAGCGAUUCCGUACAUUCGGCAUGAUGAAAUACCUCCAACCUCACUUUAUCGGAUAAAUUUCCGGGCGGAUUUUUCAAGUUUUUUUUAAAAUUCAUUCAGAUUUCUAGAUUUUAAGUUUCUUUAAAUGAUAAGCUCCCCCCUCCUUUUUCCGAAUAAUGAUCUGUUUUUUGUGAAAGGACGAAUAAUUUAACAUUUUUUUGACAAUUUUUUAGUACAUUAUUAAUUGUAAGCUUAGAAAAACAGAGUCCCGACUUUAAUCAUUAAGAAUUGUAAGCAGUGUGUAUGCACGAGGGAAAUUCGCGUACACAAUAAGUUCUAUAUUUUUUAUUAAGAAACAACAAAAAAAAGUCACUUUAAGAAUCAUUAUUAUGGCGCAAUUUUGAUUAUUAAAAAAAAGAUAAUUAAUAAAAAUAAAAUGUAAUA